UCAGAAACAGAAGUUGAAUUGUUUUUCGCGUGUUUGUAGUGUCUUGAAAAGCGUCUUUUAACAAAUAUAAAAUAUAUUUUUGUAUUCUGAAAUCUUAAAUUAUAUUUAAAAUAAUCAAAUAUGUCUGGAACUUCCCAAAAACAUAAGAAUUUUGUAGCUGAACCUAUGGGAGAUAAAAGGGUUACAGAGUUGGCCGGUAUUGGUGAAACUUUGGGAAGUCGCUUAGAAGCUGCAGGGUUUGAUAAGGCUUAUACAGUUUUAGGCCAAUAUUUAAUUUUAAAAAAGGAUGAAGAACUUUUUCGAGAAUGGAUGAAGGACAUUUGUAAUGCCAGUUCAAAACAAGCAUCAGAUUGUUAUCAAUGUUUAAAUGAUUGGUGUGAGGAGUUCUUGUAAAUAUCAAAGAUUGUAAUAUUAAUAAAUGUAACUAACUAUAAACUAAUAUUAAAUUUUAAUAUGUAAAACUCAAAAAAAUAAGACAAAUUUAAUGAAUGAUUCGUCAAUUUAUGUUAAAGAAGUUCAAUUUCACUUAAUUCAUUUAUGUUACAAAUCUCGUUAGUUAAUAGUAUUUUUUUAAAAAAGAACAAAAAAUUUUAUUUUUAGACAAAAUUAACGCAUACAUUGUCAAUAGCUUUAAUUUGUAGCAAUUUUUUAAAAUUUAAUUGUAAAAUUAUAACUUUUGUACCUCUAUCUUUAAUAAGUGUCUAAUAAAACUAAAG